AUGGAAGAGAAGAAAGCUGUAGUGAAAAGUACUGAUAUGCCACCAGAUGUUCAACAAUUCGCUGUUGAUACAGCUGAUAUGGCUAUGAAGAAACAUCAAAUUGAAAAGGAUAUGGCAAGUUUUAUUAAGAAGGAAUUUGAUAAAGCUUAUGGUCCUACAUGGCAUUGUAUUGUUGGUAGAAACUUUGGAAGUUAUAUCACACAUGAAGUCAAUUCUUUCAUCUACUUCUAUUUGGAUUCUUAUGCAGUACUCCUUUUCAAAUCUGGUUAA